AUGGAUACCCGCUUCUUGUUCGUUUACAUUUUGAUUGGUACCCUGCUGAUCAAUGGAAUCAGAGCAGCGCGCAAAUGGGAGUACGAACCCUUAUCGGUCACCUCCACCACCUCAAAUGAAAGUUUGAUACUUUUUAAAAUUCAAAUCGUUCGCAUAAGACGCGGAGAAUACGCAAUUUCAGCCAAUGUCAAGUGGGACUACGAUACGACUGACGAAACCAUGGUUGAAGCCUAUGCCUUCCAUAGCGUUUCGGGGGAUGCGAAUGAAUACAAGGUGCUCCCUUGGUCCAUACCCAAGCAACCCUUUUACCACUAUCUCAAUACCUACUAUAAAGAUGUAAUAAUAGGAAACUGUGCCCACUGCUCCAAUAUUCCCGUGUUCAAGGACAAAUUCGAACCACCAUGGCCAAAAAAGACUUACAUCGGUGAAAAGUGCGUUAUGAAUGGGGAUGGAUUUCCGGACAUUGUACCGCCCGGAUACUAUAAAAUUAUAUUUAAGGGUUUCGGACCAGAUCAGCCCUCAUGGAGCUUUACUGCUAUUGUUAAAAUAACACUCAAAAUGUUUUAA